CGCAGAACUUCAGCAGCUAAUGAGGGCAGUAUCCUCGGUUUGGAAUUAAAACCUUCACCCCUGCUCUUACAGUCUCUGCCGACAUAUCUGGCUUCUAUCUGGUACAUACUCUUCGUGGGACCAUUCGCACCAAGACCGUAGUCUACUGUACUAAUGGUCAUACUGGCCGUCUCAUCCCGAAAUUGAGAGGGGCCCUGUAAACCCUGCGCGGCAUGAUGACUGUCCAAGACACACAGGACCAGCGCCCGAACUGCGGUGACAAACGAUCGUGGACAUCUGUGCAUACCCCAAUAUUUGAUCCCACAACAGGGACCACCGCCGACAGGAUGGCCUAUUGCACCCAAAGAAAAACCCUUGGGUACUUCUUCGUUGGCGGCGACCAAAGAGAUGCCCAGGGGGCGAUCACAGGCAACGACACAGCGCUACUCGGAAGCUCUAUCAUACACGUAAACGCCUGCUUUGCUCCUCCAUGGGAGUCCAGAGUCCCGAGAUUAUGGGGACUGAUGUACGUUAGUUAUUCGAAGCUCAAGGUGAUGAUUGGAAAAGAUUACUGGGGUCCCUUGCUCCGAUGA